GUACUAUAGCAAGUCCAUCAUGGCAGCAGUAUCAGCAGGUAUAGCAGGACGAGCGGUACCACCCGUGGAUAUCAAGCACGGUGGACCCACCACGCCAGUUAUCUUGGACGAGGAAGAAGCUGCAACUGUGAACACCCCGGAGCACGUCCCACCCGAAGACAUUCCUCCUCUUUUUGGGUUCCCUUCCUAUGCAUCGUAUGCCAGUCAAGCCUCAAUGUUUUCGGCUGUUACCUUUUUUGCAUUCUUGUCAGUGUUAUCCGCAAACGCUGCGCUUUCGGCGCUAAGCCUCAACGCAUUCGCAUCAAUUCUUUCCGUCAAUUCGGCUUUCUCUAUCCUCAGUGUAAACUCCUUUGCAUCGAUUGGUUGUGCGAGCGAGAGCUUCCGAGUUUGCUUCGGCUAG